AAUUUUAAACAUUCGCUCAUCGACGCAGUGUAUAUACAUACAUCAUUGCUAGCGCGUACAUUACUUCGCGAUCAACGUCGCAAAUUGCGAUCUACGUAUCCUUGUCCCGAAUAAGUACUACGAAAUUUUCCAACAAAAUGCAAGCGUGUUGAAAUACAAAACUCGGUGCGUGUGCGAUUCAUCUGACGCGGUUUGUUUUCGUUACGCAUCGAGAUUAUCGGACUUUAUAACGCCGACGCGUCACUACUUUCCUCGUCAUCGCGGUAAUCGCAAGCGGCUGGCAGUCACGGCAAAAAUUCGCAAGAUGCGCCGCAAAAAUUUACAAUCGUAUCGAUCCAAGAGAAUAAUGACGUCGGAAUCUCUAAAAAAAAUACGGAUAUAAUAAGGAUAUGUUGUAUAAUAAAUUUGACAUUCAAAUUUUCGAAGCACAAAUAAGCAAAAUUUGAAUCGAAAACACGACGCAGCACUGGAACAAAUUGAGAUUUGACAAGAAAUACGGACAGUGAAAAUUUUCCGGCUCGAUAUAAAAACUAUAUAAAUGCUCGUGCGGUUCAUGAUAUACAAUUAAUUUUUCCUCGAAAUUCACCACUUCGAAUACCGGAAAUAUAAGACGGCACGUGUGAGCGCUGCUCAUUUUCAUAACAAAGGAAAAAGUGGCGGGAGAUCACCCUUCUUCUUUGCGUCAUAUCAGACACCUACUACAGGUGGUAGGAGAGGGUAAUGUCAAGGUGGUGGCGCGGAUGGAGGAGGAUACCUGCGCGCGGGUAUAAUAGAGGGUGAAACAGCCCUCCGCCGCUCACUCUACUAUCGCUUGUCGCUCCGUUGACGAAAUCAAACGUGAGUCUCGCUAGAUUUGACCAGAAGAAUACGAGAUAUAAGGGAAUGACGGAAAGGACUAGUCAACAAGCCGUCGCUAAGACAAGCUUGUGUCUGCUGACGGCACUCGUGCUGUCCUGUGCUACAAGCGGCAACGACAAAGUGCUCGUACUCGCGCAACCCGAAUCGCUAUCACCGGGCUUCAUCUAUGGCGAUAAUGUCGCGGAUGAUGUGGAAAAUCUCAUGUUAUUGAACCGCCUGAAACAGCUGACGGAGCAAAAGCACCGAAUUGUCGAGCAGGAGCACGAGAUCACCGAUGAACAGAUCGAGAUCCAGGCAGUACUGGAGGCAAAAGCCCGAGAGCGGGAACACGCGAUCGCGGCGCAACAACCACCAGAUUACUCCAUCGAGGAACCGGAACCAGAAACGCUACCGAUACCCGCGGCUAUGAUCCAACACGGCGAACAUCUGGGCAAACGACACCGCGUAAACGCAGUCAGUUACAUGUCCCUAUGCCACUUCAAGAUCUGCAAUAUGGGACGUAAGCGGCAAUCGAAAUAAAUCUUCGCGCAGCGUAAAAGAGCAGUCGCAAAGGUUCGAAACGGCGAAUGCAGCGAGGAUCGAGGAGCCGAGGAGACACUGAUUGUGUUUUAAAGAAACAUUACGUAAAAGUUCAAUAAAACACAGCUUGCCACGGUUUAUUGAAAGUUAAAAUGAGGCAGAUAGCAAGGAUGAACGAUUUUAGUUUUUUACAUCGGUUGUCAGCACAUAUUUAACGACAUUACAAAAAAAAUUUAAAUUUAAAAAGCAAACGUUUCGGAACGAUAAAUAAUAAUUGUUACCUUUUCCCCCCGGUAAAGCAGACUUAUUUUCAUUAACAUUUUUCGUUAAUAUUUUUCACAAAACAUUUCGAAAAUCUGUCGUCUCUCGUCGGCUUAAAUAUGUGCUCGUUGAUUCAUUCAGCGCUGACAAUAAAGGGCCGAAAUAUUUAAGCGUUUGAAUUUUUUGACAAAAAGUCGAUAAAAUGCAAAGAAACAUUCGUAUGAAAAAGAAAUAAAUCCUUCGAUUAAAAAGUUAUCAUUCCUCCUUGCUAUCUCUUCGGGAUAAUGAUUGCUACCAAUAUUACAGCCACAUAUACGCCACAGUGAAUCUGUCUACGUUAAAUUUUACAACGCAAUGUAUUUCUCGCGAAUCGCAAACUGCGCGAAAUACGAAAUGAUGAGCGCUUCCAUUAACGAACGUCGAUUUUCAUCAGUCCUCUCCAUUAUCGUUUUAAAACCAAGUACUGAGGUGAAAUAACGCAGCUGCAUACGUAGAAAAAAAAAAUUUAUUCGAAAUAUCACAACCGUCCUCGGCUGCCAAUCGAAGAUAUUACCGUCCGACUGGUUCGGACGAAAGCUACGCAAGCUGUCUCACACAACGACUGUCUGGAACUGAAAUAUUGAGCGAAAUCAUCGACGAGGUGCUAUUAAAUAAAACUGCGCGAGAUAGCAUAAUGAUUCCGAAAACGAUACGUAAAAUUGGUUUGAAUUGUUACCUCGAAACUGCUGAAGUCGAUAUACGUGAAGUCGAAAAUUAUGUUAACCGUUUGAAGUAAUUUGGUGUCAAUUAAGUAAUUGGUCAAUUAAGUAAGAAAGUAUUAUUUUCAUGCUCGAAUAAUGAUAUAUUGUUAUGAUAAAUAGAAAAAGUUAAAAAAAAUUUAUAAGGUUUAAAAAUAAAAAUAAUUGAUCUCGAAAAUAAAUGGUUUAUCUAUUUAUUCAAUGUUAAUGUACCGUUUACUAAUUAAUGUUAAGAAUAUCUUAGCUUCAUGUCCCAAAUUUACACUCCUAGCCAAUAAUAAUUCAAAAAUUUUGAAUUAAAAAAAUAAUCUUUUAAAUUAAAAUAUUUUUUUAAUAGAAUAAUGGUAUAUAAUAUUCUGUAACAUUUGAUUUUCUCGUACUGUUAAUUUUUGGUUAAAUAAAAAAGAAAGAGAGAAAAAUAAAAAUGUGUUGGACUGUGUACCAAUUAUUUAAUCGACACCAAUCGCACCAAUCGCACCAUAUAUUCUCCGUUCUCAUUUAAUAAAUCAGCGCAAAACUUGUUCUCAAGAAUAGAGAAGUAAAAUGAGACAGAAUGCGAGAAAAAGCUCUCCUCCUCGCUCGCAUCGCACGGCGGACGCUUGCGACAUAGAAAUUUUAUUUAGCACAAAACUCUAAUGCGCGCUACGAAGAUUUUGAUUUAUGAAAAAAGAGUAGCGACAAAUGAGUAUGAAAUAUCGCGACAUCAUAGGAAAUUUGAAAUAAAAGAGGAAAUCGUGGACGCAAAUAGGCGGCUUCGAUCGCCUCAAUCAAAUUCGAAACAUAAAGUUAUCGAUAUGGUCUUUCGCCUUUCUAUAUUUAUUAUUAUUAUUAUUACCUCUUACUAGGAAAUCUUUCGAGAACUCAAUUAGAGAAUGAUAUACUGAAAAAAUUAGCUUCUGAAUGUUAAUAGUUAAAAAAUUGUUCGUUGUUCAUGAUACAAAGAUAGUUCCUGUGUGGCGUAUUUCAUGUUAAAUAAUUUUGAUAAUAAUUAAAAAUUUCAUUUUUUGUGACUCGUAUAUUGCUAAUUAUCUAUUGAUUCUAUUCGUAAAAUUUUACUUAAAAUCAAAAUUUUGUCAAUCAAAUUAUAUUUUUCAUAAAAUUCUUUAUAACUUUUUUAACUAUUAACAUUCGGAAGCUAAUUUUGUUCAGUAUAUCAUUCUCUAAUCGAGUUCUAAAUGUCCUGUAAAUUUCAUCGAAAUCGGGAAAUAGAUUCUCGAAAGGUUUCCUAAUUAGUGCUUAAUUAAGCCGAAAGAACGCGCACGUCGGAUUCUUUAUGAAGGUACCAUCGUAUUUGCACGAUGGUAAUUUUAUUAAUUAAUAGUUACUAUUCGCACUUAGACCUAGCAAAGGAAAAAUCGAUGCAAAUCAUCAAGAUCAAGAAAGGCGUCCGCGUUCCUUCGUUAUUUAUGAAUCGCGAACCGAGUAAUCGAGUCGUUUCUUUGAAAGAAAGAAAGAGAGAGAAACGCACUGAUCCUUUUUUUAAUUAUUUAUCGCUUUAACAAAUAUCUCGUAGCUUCGUAUAUUAACCCCAUGCGCGUUAAUUCGUAACGGAUAACGCUUCCUUUCUUUUUUCUCUUGCAUACUGAUUAAGCGCGUCGCAUUGAUUCAAACUUUUUCGAAGUAUCGAUUUAGUUCAAAGACUCAAACUCGUACAAAAAUGAAAAGAAACAUCCUCUUAUGACGCAAAUCAACACUUGUACAUCGCGCAAAUAAUGCUAAUAAUAAUAAACUAUAUCAUCAGAA